CAUGCCCAAAUCUCAAUUAACCAAGCAUUUAAAAGAAGCAUAUGACAUAUCGAUCGGACCAUUUUGGUAGGGUAGUUUGUCGUGUACGCCACAUGUAUAAUUAUUUCGGCAAAAUUAGAACAUGUUCGUCUAGUUCACCUGAUCAAUACGUUGUUUUGUUUUGUUUUUCACGGUUAGAUUUACUAACAUAAUUUUCUUAAUCAGUUUUGCACGUUCGUCCAUUAAAGUGAACGUGUUCCGUCCACUUUUCACUCUCUACUUGCUAUAGAGUCCUACUCUGGACCAAUGAAAACUAACUCCGCCCCUGUUCCUAACUACUACUAACUUAUUUGAGUGUUCCCAGCUUCCAAUUUUAAAUUGUUAUAAAGCUUUCAGCUUUAACUAGUCGAAGAAGCGUGUCCAACUCUGCUCCGAUUACCAUGGAUUCACAUCUAAUCCAGCCGUUGAUCGCGUUCCUAAUCUCGACCUUCGUGGCCGCCCGAGCCUACCGCCGGAAAUCACUCGACUUUUCCGGCGCAAUCGCCGGCCUCGCGGUUAUGACUCUUCACAUUGCAGUGGGAUACAGGUACGGAGCUGUGUUGCUCGUCUUCUUUUUCACCUCGUCCAAGCUCACCAAGGUUGGUGAAGACAAGAAGCGUAGAGUUGACCCUGAAUUCAAAGAAGGCGGUCAACGGAAUUGGAUACAGGUUCUAUCGAAUGCAGGGAUUUCCUCUGUUUUGGUUGUGGUGCUUUGGACGCUGACGGGUUUGGAAGACAAAUGCUUGGACUCGAAGGAAUCGGUACUUGUUACUGCACUGAUGGGUGGGGUUAUAGGACACUACGCUUGCUGCAAUGGAGACACUUGGUCUUCUGAGCUUGGAAUUCUUAGUGAUGAUCAGCCUCGGCUAAUCACAACCUUCAAGCCUGUGCGGAAAGGUACCAAUGGCGGAGUUACUAAAGCAGGAUUACUGGCAGCUGCUGCAGCAGGCUCUGUUAUCGGACUGGCGUUUGUGCUUGUUGGCUUUCUCACUACAAAAUGUACAUAUGAUGUAGCACUGAAGCAGCUGUUUGUAAUACCUCUUUCUACUAUUGCUGGACUUUUUGGUAGUGUCAUUGAUUCUCUUUUGGGAGCAACACUGCAAUUCAGUGGAUUCUGCACUGUUCGUAACAAGGUUGUUGGGAAACCAGGACCUACUGUCAAGAAGAUAUCGGGUCUCAAUUUUCUUGACAACAAUGCUGUGAAUGCUGUAUCAAUCCUGAUAACAACAAUCAUCACUUCCAUUGCCUGCAUUUACGUCUUUUGAGACUGACUGGUUCAACUCACUGUUAUGAGUUGUUCAGACACUGUUGAUGCACUGCACUACGGAUCCAUGUACUAGCACCACAGUGUGUAUCUUUGCCCAUCUGAAAGAGAGUGUUUCUAGGCUAACCCUAAACCCUAACUACUGAAAAGUGGGGUUCACAGUGUUCUGCAAGCUGAUUUUCUUAGAUUCAUGAAUUGACAUAAUUUACAUGAAAGGAUCUUUGUUAAGCAUAAGCUAUCAGAUAAUGGUCGUUACCUAGCUCAGUCAAUAUUUAGAAUACAGAAAGUGUGCAUGUACUUUGAUUCC